GACAAAAAAUAGUUCGCUUUUCAAACACAUUUUCGUUUCACCUUGCGACGACCCUCGACUCAAAAUGUAUAACUAACCAUAUACUAUUAAUUCAUUAAUCAAUCUGGGAUACAACGGCUACAAUUGUCACCUUUUAGAAAUAGUUUUCCUACCCCUUUCUUCUCGCUCCUCAUGAGCGCAUGGAUAACUGUUGUGCUCAGGCUGUGGUGAAUGAGAUUGAAGAAGAGUUCUUGUUUUGUAUCUCAGUUUCUCUCUUUUUGCACAAAUUGAAUUUAAACAAAUACUACGGAGAUCUCAGACUAAUCAAUGGAGGAUAUUUGAAUAUGCACAUCAAUUGUAUCGGUAGAGAGUAUUGGGUUGUUUGUAAAUAUUUCAUUAAUAUCUGUGGAGAGGACUGCUGCUGUUCAUGUGAGUGAAGGUCAUUGGCAGCAGAGAACUGGAAGGAAAGGCGGCCAAAGGAGGCUUUGGGGAUGACCAGUGACCAGUGCUGGAACGUGUGCUACGGCGGCUCUUUUAAUGCUUCAAUUGGAUGGUAUUCAACCUGGAGACGGUGUGAAGGCUGAACGUUCCCCCGGACUGACUGGCACACUGACUGGCUCAAUGAUGGAAUUACAAACAUUACAGGAGGCCUUGAAAGUGGAAAUACAAGUCCAUCAGAAACUGGUCACCCAGAUGAAACAGGACCCACAGAAUGCUGAUCUGAAGAAGCAGCUCCACGAACUUCAGUCUAAGAUCACAGCGCUUAGCGAGAAGCAGAAAAGCGUUGUGGAGCAGCUGAGGAAGGACCUGCUGGUGAAACAGGAGCCAGAGGUGACGGUGCAGGUGCCGGCUGCAGACAAACACGUCCUCCAGAUCCCCUCCUCUGCCACUCUGCUGGCCCUACAGCAGACCACACACACCCAGGCCCUGCAGCAGAAGAUGCUGGCAGUCACUCCAGUCAUCACCACUAAGACUCUACCUCUAGUGCUGAAAGCUGCCACUCCCACCAUGCCUGCCUCUGUCAUGGUGCAGCCCCCCUCCACGGUCACUGCCAUCAGCCACACCUCCAAGCCCGGUGCCAUCAUCUCUGACAACUCCAACUUCCGAAACACACCAGUCAACCUCCAGGUGGCCAGCAAGUUGACCAAUCAGGGUUCAGAGUCCGUGCGUCUGGUGUCAAAGAAUUCAGUUGUGGUCCGGGCGAAGCCCAACAGCGUGCCCAUUGCCCCAGCGCCCUUUCGGCCCAUGAUGACGGCGUUCCAGCUGCUCCAUCGGGGCCCGGUGAUGCUGACCAACAAGCUGAGCCCCUCCUCGCUGCCCUCCAGCGCCGGACUCAUCCACCAGGUGCGCAUCAUCAAUGGCCAGCCCUGCGCCGCCAAGAGCGGCCAGCCCACAGGCAUGUUGACGGGCAUUGUCAUCACGGCCCCGGCAUCGGUGCAGACACUGCAAAUCAGCGGCCUAACCUCCGACACCAAGACUGUUAAAGCACGGGGUGGAUUGGGGCAGAAGAUGUUGGUGAGCAGGACCCCUCCUCUGUCUCCAGCACCGAGACUAAAGAGAGAGGACAAUCCUCAGAAACUUGCCUUCAUGGUGUCCCUCGGACUUGUUACCCAUGACCGUUCGGAAGAAAUUCAGAGGAGGAGGCGGGAGCGUAAGCGAAGAACAACGGCCAAUCCGGUGUACAGUGGAGCUGUGUUUGAGCCUGAGAGGAAGAAGAGUGCAGUGACCUACCUAAACACUCCGCUCCACCAGGGCACCAGGAAAAGAGGUCGCCCUCCCAAAUACAGCAGCGAUCCGAAGCUGGGCAGCCACACCCCGACCUCCCCCUCCAGCUGUCUCACUGCCUCCCCGGCACCCGAGUGGCCCAACACAGGGGGGAGCUUCCCCUUCCAUGUCCAUCCCCACCACACUCUCCCCCUGCCCAGCCCCAGCUCUGGGGAUGGAGACAUCCAUGAGGAUUUCUGCACUGUGUGCAGACGCAGUGGCCAGUUGCUCAUGUGUGACACAUGCUCACGUGUCUAUCACCUGGACUGCCUGGACCCACCCCUGAAAACCAUUCCUAAAGGCAUGUGGAUCUGUCCCAAAUGUCAAGAGCAGAUUUUGAAAAAAGAAGAUUCAAUUCAAUGGCCAGGAACAUUGGCUAUUGUUCAUUCCUAUAUCGCCUAUAAAGAAGCUAAAGAAGAGGAGAAACAAAAACUAAUGAAAUGGAGUGCUGAGCUGAAACUGGAGCGAGAACAGUUGGAACAAGGGGUCAACCAAAUCAGUAACUCCAUAACGGAAUGCAUGGAGACCAAAAACACCAUCAUGUCUCGACAGAACGAAAUGCAAGUUUCAUUGGAGAAGGUCAAACACUUGGUCCGCCUCAUUCAGGCUUUCCAUUUCAGUCAAACCGUGGAGACCGAGGGUACAGGUGCCUUCACAGAAGACAUCACAGAAGACAUCAGCGCCAAGGAUGCAAUUGUCCCAGCUGAAAAUGCAGUAGACGCCAUCAACACCCAUGCUGUAGCAGAAGUCCAUAUCCAGUCUGUGGAUGGGGUAAAGGCAGAGGUCACAGCACUGAACAGCACCAAUGUUGAAGCCGGGACGAGGGUUGUUGUAGCUCAUGUUGCCACAGACAAGGUAGCAGGAGUCAGUGCUGAGGCUGCUGUUGACAUCUGUGUUGAGCCUGCUGCCGAGGUCUACACUGAGACUGCAGUGGGCAGCAGUGUUGAACCUGUGGCUGAGUUUAAUAACGCUGAGGAAGUGACGGAAGCCACUGCAGUAGUCGGUGCAGUGAACUUUACAGUGGCCACAAACAAUGCUACCACUGACCUUGUGUGUACUGACAUGAGCAUGGAUGAGAGCUGUACUAACAACACUAACACCAUAACUGAGAACAAGGUCACCACCACGAGCAGCACAGAGGAGGUGAUAGAAGAGGAACAGGAAGAGAACACAAACAUUGACAACAGCAGCACCAACAACAGCAAAACCUCAGAACCUUCCCAGCAAUCUUUGCAAGCUCUUCUCGACAGUUUGGACAAUAAAGACUAACACUCCAUCUCUUGGAUUGAAAACCCCCAACAUAAAAAAGAAGACUUUAGCUUUCACUUUUGAAAGGUAACUGAAAUUGCCAAUCCAUAUACAUACGUGAUUCCAAUGUAUAUUCAGACUGUGUAAAUAGUAGAUCUACACCCCAAGUCUGAGAUUGCUAUUGGAUGCUGUAGGUUAUUAUACCACAAACAUGGGUGAAAGGGUGGCUUGUGUACCAGUGUCAUGCCAAUUUAAGGAUAGAAAAGAACAGUAGUAAUGGUAAAAGUAAGAUAAUUUAUAACAUCACACCAAUGUGUGCCUGCAACAGUUCCCCUCAGAACUCUUUGUAUCUUAGGUUAUCUUCUGUUCCUGGGGAUGCAGGUUAGAGAGGUCUAAAGACUGCGUGCUGAACAGAGACCAUGUUUCUAUGGCAUUAACUGAGAACAAAAUAAAACCAAAAGAUAAGCGAAACAGCUGAGGGACAGGGCUUUGAAAAAGUGUCAGUAUUUGUUAACAGUGGGGAACAUUGAGGUGUUUGAUCGUCAUUAAAAAUCAAAUAGGUAAAACAGGAGAGCCUUCAGUUAUCCCAAUACCUUCCUCCCCUUUCCCCAUUCUCACUCUUACAUGACCGAUAACUAUGGACCCAUUUACACAAAACCUCAGGCAAAAAAAGAAGAAAGUAAAGCAGCAUCCACGUGCUUUGGAAGUAUGAGGCAAACUGCUUAUAGAGCUGGCUGGUUAGGGCCUUGCUGAGGAAGACCCAGGUAACAAAGACGGUUAUCUCAAGAUAGAGUGGAGUCAGAUCACGGUAUCAUGGUAUCUUAAUGUUUUAAAAUGGUGUAGAUCCAGUGCAGUAAUUGAGUUAAAUUUGUGAGUCAGUGUCAACUGUGAGCACUAAAUGUGAAAUUGCAAUAAUAUUGCAUUGUCAAUAACAAACACGCAAAAAUAUAUCUGCAGUGUGUUUCUUUUAUAGGAUAAGAUAUUCAUUCAGGUCUUCCUAGUCUUCAAAAGUAAGUGCAUUUCUGUUGCAUAAAACAGUUGUUUGUUAAUAAAUGUUUUUAACUGG